UGCGAAGAACCGUCAAAGAUAUCAUUUUCGCAAUUCACAUCUUAUUCAGAUGUUCCAUCUUCGCUAAAGAAUCGGAUUCUUUGUUGCUCCGACUGUUCUACUACGGAUGGAGCUACUGCUACAGGGAACCUCUAUGCAGCAGCCUUCAACAAUUGCAACAUAAACUACUGUGAUGCGCCGCUCGCAGGUUAUUCACAACGUUCCCAUGGCUUUGCAGCGUGGUUAAAAAUAAACACACCGGCGAGGGUGAGCGCGGAGGAGCGAACAUUCGCCGGGAUCGACAUGGUUUCUGCGUCAUGAUCGAGCUGGCGUGUUCGCGAGACGUUACAUUCAGAGCCGCAAAUGGUGUCUCAACGAAAACCAUGAGACAGAGACGUUGAACGGGGUUACGGAACAAGCGGCAGCGUUCAGAUAAGAACGCAGGAGGGAUCCAGAAGAGGUACAGUUGUACAAACAAUGUUUCCGUCAGAAGACUAAGUGCUUAUACAGAAAAAGAGAGGGGUGCGAGAGAGAGAGAGAGAGAGAGAGAGAGAGAGAGAGAGAGAGAGAGAGAGAGAGAGAGAGAGAGAGAGAGAGAAAAGAGCUACUUCUAUUGAGCUGGUAAAGCCACACAUCAGACUACACUCAUCCGCAUCAUCAUCGGGUGAGAAAUACCCACCUUAGCAGAAUGCCCACCGUAGCCAACUCCUCGCUGACUUACGAGAUCCUCAUGUACUUGAACUCUUUCUACUUUGGUAUGUUCGCCGUGUGCGAGUUUGGCAUGGGUCUGUUCAAGGCUGCGAACCUGCCAUCGCCAGGCGCGACCAAAACGCUGACGGAGUUUGCACUACUGUUCUUCUUGAUGGUGACAGAGGCUGGCAGGAUCUACCUCGGUAGAAGAGGAAAUCUGACCGAACGAGGACUGCCGAUUCUCAUCGGCAUAAUCUUGACCGUUCCCAGUUCCUUGGCGACUCUCUAUUUCCUCCUUUGGCAAUACUAUGUGCUCAGGCUAGAGGUGAUCCUUUGUUGCAUACAGUUAGGCUUGCUGGCAUCCGAGGUGGUGAUCUCUAUUAUGUACCUCAUAGCUAUUUAUCGGCCACCACCUCCAGAGAAGUAAUAUUUGAUACACUCUCAACAGCAGGGAGAUUUCACUCAACCUUUGCACUUGUCAUGCUUAACACGGUCCAUUCCGAGUGUGCUAUCGGUUUCUUGCCAUGCACAGGACUAAGGUCCUCAAUGUUUUUUCACCACAUAAUAGAGAAUACUUUUCUGCCUCUUGUAAUUUUUCUUAUCAUACCUCUAAGUCUACAAAAUAGUCUAAUCUCAGAAUAUUGUACAAUAUCUCCUCUAACACACACAUAUAUAUAUGUACACAUACAUAUAUACAUAUGUAUAUAUGUAAAGAUAAAUUUACACAUUUUACAUAAUACUAAACAUGUACA